AUGGCACAAACUAAAAUUCCUAAAUGUAUUCAAAAAAUGAUUGAUAAUAUCUUAGCUGAACCAGUUUGGAAUCCACCAGCUAGUAUUACGAAAUAUUCAUAUCUUGAUAAAAUAACGUAUUUAGUGACCAGUGAUUGUUGUGAUCAAUAUAUUAGUCUUUAUGAUGAAUCGUGCAAUUAUAUUUGUGCUCCAUCAGGUGGAAAAACAGGCCAAGGUGAUCGACGAUGUAUGAAUUUUUAUGACAAGGCAAAAUUACUUGGUAAAGUUUGGUCAGAUGAACGACCACAUGGAAAAUAA